AUGCGCAUGCGCCGCGUGUUCGCUGGGCUUCCCCGCCUGACUCGCAGCCUCAUGCCCGGCCCGAAGCGCCCCCGACCGGCCCGCAUCGGCACCCACGGCGGCACCUUCCACUGCGACGAGGCGCUGGCGUGUUUCCUCCUGCGGCUGCUGCCCUCUUACCAGGUACGCCGCUGGGGGCUUCUUAGGCACGGGCCGCUUACUCCGAAGUAACGCCCCUCCCCUCCCCGCACGUGUGUUGCGACCUCCUUAAUCCGGUUCCGAUUCGGAAGCCUUUUCGGCUAGCCUCCUUUUCCUCCCACACCCCAGAUUCAAUUCACACGUGACGUUCCACCCCCGUGUUGGGCUCUUGCAGGGCCUGAUCUUGGGUCCACCAGCAACUGCGUGGAUGCGGCAGUGCACUUGCGCAAAUAUUUGAAUUGCUAAGCUAAUUGCACCAUCCGUUCAAUUAGAAUGAGUGUGCAUUUAUUUAUAAAUUGGGGGUCUGGGGGGGUGUCUCGUCCUGGUUGGGACAGCAGCGUGGAGAUACGAUCUUUAGCUGUUCCGGUAUAAAUGCACGUGGGUGUAUAUCUCUGCUUGCGCAUGUGUAAAACCUGGAGGUAAAUAGCAGAGAAUGUAGCUUGUUUGGUUUGCGGUAUUUUAUAUAGUGGUACCUCAGGUUACAUACACUUCAGGUUACAUACGCUUCAGGUUACAGACACUGCUAACCCAGAAAUAUUGCUUCAGGUUAAGAACUUUGCUUCAGGAUGAGAACAGAAAUCGGGCUCCGGCGGCGUGGCGGGAGCAGGAGGCCCCAUUACCUAAAGUGGUGCUUCAGGUUAAGAACAGUUUCAGGUUAAGAACGGACCUCCGGAACGAAUUAAGUACUUAACCCGAGGUACCGUACCACUGUAUCCUUCCCUUUGGUCAAGACAGCAAAAGCAAGCACAAGUUAUUAAAUUGUAGUUCUUGUCAGUGGCUGUUCUGGGUGUAAAGAUCCAGGAGCAGAAUAGAUGGCAGUGCCCAGGCCAGGAGGGCAAGGCAGUUUUUCCCUUUACAUCCUAUUUAUACCUGACAACUGAAGAUCACACUCUGUGCAGCUGUUGAAGUUCACCAAAGCUACACCACAAUAAAAUUUGUUUGUCUUUAAGGUGCCACAAGACCCUGUACAGUGGUACCUCGGUUUAAGAACAGUCCUGUUUACGAACGAUUCAGUUUACAAACUCUGCAAAACCGGAAGUAGUGUCCCGGUUUGCAAACUGUACCUUGGUCUAAGAACGGAAGCUGAACGGUGGAAGGGCACUGGCGGCGGGAGGCCUCAUUAGGGAAAGCACGCCUCAGUUUAAGAAAGCUUUCUGUUUAAGAACGGACUUCCGGAAUGGAUUAAGUUCGUAAACCGAGGUACCACUGUAGUUUUUGUUGCAAUUAAUUUGUUGCAAACCACACCAAGUCCUAAUAGCAUAAAGGCAGGAAGCAGGAGCAUUGUGUGACUGGAAUGGUGCUGGUUUACUCCAUACAGAAAGGCAAUUUGAGGAUUUCCAUCUUAUUAGGACUUGGUGUAUUUUGCACUUAAUUAGAAUUCUGCACCAGCGAACCUAUAUAGAUUAUGCAAAUUUUCAAGUAGUUUUGCAGUUUCCAUAAUUUAUACAGCUUCUCCUAUCAAGCUUUGGAGGGGGCGGGGGACAGAAGUUGGGGUGAGCCUUCUCCUUGCUUUCUGAGAUGUCACCAGGUGUUGCCGAGAUACUUUAAAUACUGUCUUCAGUGUCGCGAGAGCUAGAAACUGUUCACUGUUUGUUUUUUAAAGCCAUCAUCAUGCAGAAACAAAGGGACGUGGGUGGUGCUGUGGGUUAAACCACAGAGCCUAGGACUUGCUGAUCAGAAGGUCGGUGGUUUGAAUCCCCGCGACGGGGUGAGCUCCCGUUGCUCGGUCCCUGCUCCUGCCAACCUAGCAGUUCGAAAGCACGUCAAAGGGUAAAUAAAUAGGUACCGCUCCAGCGGGAAGGUAAACAGUGUUUCCGUAUGCUGCUCUGGUUCACCGGAAGCGGCUUAGUCAUGCUGGCCACAUGACCCAGAAGCUGUACGCUGGCUCCCUCGGCCCAUAAAGCAAGAUGAGCGCCGCAACCCCAGAGUUGGUCACGACUGGACCUAAUGGUCAGGGGUCCCUUUACCUUUACAUGCAGAAACACACACCUCAUGAAGAUCAACUCAAGGGCUUGCAUAUAGGAGCAAAUGGUCCCAGUCACAGCUGUUCAUCCUGCCCACCUGGUGUAUCUUUUUCACCUGAAGGCACCAAGGAAUGGUGAAGGGAUAGAGAUCAGAAACUGCAAAGUGGACAGCCUGGAAUAGCACUGGGGCACGUUUUGUUUCACGGCUUUUGUUUGUUGUCGCCCUGCUGUGCCCUCAGGAUGCAGAGAUCAUCCGGACACGGGAUGCUCAGCUGCUGUCAGAGUGCGAUGUGGUUGUGGACGUUGGAGGCGAGUAUGACCCUCAAAAGCAUCGCUACGACCAUCACCAGAGGUACUGUUGAAUUCCUGCAGCCUUUUCUCCCAGUGCUGGCAGCCAGUGGAAUAGCAAGGUUACCACAAAUGAUGUUUUUAUUAAAUCUUCCAAAUUAUUACAUAACUCCAAAUAUAUACAGUGGUACCUCUGGUUGUGAACGGGAUCCGUUCCAGAACCUCGUUCGCAACCUGAGCAGAAUGCAACCCGCAUGUGCGGUUCGCGAUUCGCCACUUCUGCGCAUGCGCGUGACAUCAUUUUGAGCAUCUGCGCAUGCACGAGCGACGAAACCUGGAAGUAACCCGUUCUGUUACUUCCGGGUCGCCGCAGGACGCAACCUGAAAAGAUUUAACCUGAAGCAAACGUAACGAGGUAUGACUGUAUCUCAUUUUUUUGUCACACAUUUUCUUCUUGACUUCCUGUUCCUCCUUCCCUGGUGGUGGUGUUGUUAUUAAUUAUUAUUAUUAUUAUUAUUAUUAUUAUUCCCCCUUAAGAGCUGCAUUAAAACACAUCUAUACAGUCAAACCUUGGUUGUCGAAUGUAAUCUGUUCUGGAAGACUGUUCGACUUCUGAAAUGUUUGACAACCGAAAACUGAAAGUGGAAGCCUCAAUACAAUACAAUAGGGAAACUCAAAACGGAAGCCGUGUAGCACGUUCGGCUUCUGAAAAUCGUUCGAAAACCGAAGCAGUUACUUCCAGGUUUUCAGCGUUCAGGAGCCAAAACGGAGGUGUUCAGGAACCGAGGUUGACUGUAUUUAUUUUCUAAGCCCCCCAAAUCCAUUCUUCACAUUCUUCCAUUGCUCAUAUCUCAAAUCCUGCACGUGAUUUCAUAGAAGAAUGAUAGUUUGAUGGGUAAUCCACCAAUGGCUUCCAUUCUUUUAUGAAGAUAUCAUUUUGUCCUCUUAUUUUAGCAGUCAGUUUCACCAUUUCCACAUAGCCCAUCGGUUUUAUAAACGAUUCUUCCAUUGUGGGGAGUCUCUUUGUCUUUCCAUUUCUAUGUGUACAGUAUAAAGUUCUAGCUGCAGUUGUUACCGUAUUUUUCGCUCCAUAGGACGCACUUUUUCCCCUCCAAAAAUGAAGGGGAAAUGUGUGUGCGUCCUGUGGGGCGAAUGCAGGCUUUCACUGAAGCCUGGAGAGCGAGAGGGGUCGGUGCGCACGGACCCCUCUCGCUCUCCAGGCUUCAGGAAGCUAGCCGCAAGCCUUGUGCGCCCGGCAGGAGGUCCCGCCGAGCGCGCAAGGCUUGGGGCGGUAGCCUGCAGCCCGAAGCACGCGGAGCCCUCCGGAGGGUGCCCCGUGCUUCUUGCAGGUGUGCACAAGGCUUGGGGCGGCAGCCACGGCGGGGGGGGGGGGAAUAAUUUUUUUUAUUCAUUUCCCCCCCCCAAAAAAACGAGGUGCGUCCUAUGGGCCGGUGCGCCCUAUAGAACGAAAAAUACGGUACAUACAUAAAAAGGUUAGUCAGGGGUGUUGUUGUUGUUUUUUGAAUCUCCGCCCCUAUUAUCCCCAACCAAAAGGCUUUAGGUUUUUGGGGAAUGGUCAAUUUCAACAUCUUUUUCAAUUCAUUGUAUAUCAUUUCCUAGAAACCCUUAGCCUUUGGACCUUUCAAAUCUAGUCCUAUCCUAUCUAGUGUUGCCCAGCACCCUCUCAUCUGCUGUGCAGUCCAUGCAGAACCGAAAGGAUGAAAGACAACAAGCCCAGGAGCAAAGAGACAGGAAGACAUCAGGAUAGACAUCAUGUCCUACAUCAGGACAGAGAGCCUGUGGCCCUCCAGAUAUUGGGCUCCAUCAGCUCCAGCCAGCACCACCAGUGGUCAGGGAUGAUGGGAGUUGUAGUCCAACAACAUCUGGAGGGCCACAACCUCCCCAUAUUUGCUGUAAGAGGUUCAGCCCUAACUAAGGAGAGUUCUGUAGUGGAGAAAACCUUGGUAACUUGAAAAAGUUGUGCAAACUGACAUGCCUAUUUAGGUGCCCCUAAUUCCCUUUCACAUUCCACGUUUCCUUAAACAGCUUGUUCCAGAUAUAUAAUGCACUUCCCUCCUUACAAUAUUCCAGUUGCACUGCUGUUUCCAAGAGUUGCCCAUUAAUAGGUGAAAGUAAAGGGAUCCCUGACUAUUAGGUCCAGUCGUGGCCGACUCUGGGGUUGUGGUGCUCAUCUCGCUUUAUUGGCCGAGGGAGCCGGCGUAUGUGGCCAGCAUGACAAAGCCGCUUCUGGCGAACCAGAGCAGCCCACGGAAACGCUGUUUACCUUCCCACUGGAGAGGUACCUAUUGAUCUACUUGCACUUUGACGUGCUUUUGAACUGCUAGGUUGGCAGGAGCAGGGACCGAGCAAUGGGAGCUCCCCCCAUCGCGGGGAUUCGAACCACCAACCUUCUGAUCGGCAAGUCCUAGGCCCUGUGCUUUAACCCACAGCGCCACCUGCGUCCCAUUAAUAACACACACUAAUUGCAGUAGUUUGUAUAUGAAAGGGAGGGUCUCCUAGUUUUGGGUCUGGGGCCCUGGGAAAUUUCCAUCUCCUUGUGGUUGGUAUUAUUUGCUGGGAAAGGGAAGUGUUCCAGGCUUUCCUCCCUCCUUCGGGUUAUUCUUUAUAGACUCCCCUUAUCCCACCUUGUUCCCAUAGGUCAUUUGGGGAGUCCAUGCACAGCCUGAAGCCUGAUAAACCUUGGCAGACCAAACUGAGCAGCGCAGGGCUAGUUUACGCCCAUUUUGGCUCUGAGAUUUUGUCAAACCAGCUGGGCCUCAAAGAGGAGGAUCCUGUCGUGCGUGUGCUCUAUGACAAGGUACUUGCGUGUGUGCAUAUCUGUGAGAUCCCUUCCCAACAGCAAAAGCCUCUGGAACAAUGGGGGAAAUGAAUGAACUCAACCCCUUGCCUCUUUCUUGCAGGGAUGGGGAACCUGUGGCCCACUGGGUAUUAGGGAAGUUUUUAAUGUUUAAUGCUGUAUUGUGUUUUUAAUGUUCGAUUGGGAGCCGCCCAGAGUGUCUGGGGAAACCCAGCCAGAUAGGUGGGGUAUAAAUAAUAAAGUAUUACUAUUAAUUAUCAACAACCUCAGAUAUGCAGAUGACACAACCUUGAUAGCAGAAAGUGAGCAGGAAUUAAAGAACCUUUUAAUGAGGGUGAAAGAGGAGAGCGCAAAAUAUGGUUUGAAGCUCAACAUCAAAAAAACGAAGAUCAUGGCCACUGGUCCCAUCACCUCCUGGCAAAUAGAAGGGGAAGAAAUGGAGGCAGUGAGAGAUUUUACUUUCUUGGGCUCCAUGAGCACUGCAGAUGGCGACAGCAGUCACGAAAUUAAAAGACGCCUGCUUCUCGGGAGAAAAGCAAUGACAAACCUAGACAGCAUCUUAAAAAGCAGAGACAUCACCUUGCCAACAAAGGUCUGUAUAGUUAAAGCUAUGGUUUUCCCAGUAGUGGUGUAUGGAAGUGAGAGCUGGACCAUAAAGAAGGAUGAUCGCUGAAGAAUUGAUGCUUUUGAAUUAUGGUGCUGGAGGAGACACUUGAGAGUCCCAUGGAAGGCAAGAAGAUCAAACCUAUCUAUUCUUAAGGAAAUCAGCCCUGAGUGCUCACUGGAAGGACAGAUCCUGAAGCUGAGGCUCCAAUCCUUUGGCCACCUCAUGAGAAGAGAAGACUCCCUGGAAAAGACCCUGAUGUUGGGAAAGAUGGAGGGCACAAGGAGAAGGGGACAACACAGGGUGAGAUGGUUGGAUAGUGUUCUGGAAGCUACCAGCAUGGGUUUGACCAAACUGCGGGAGGCAGUGGAAGACAGGAGUGCCUGGCGUGCUCUGGUCCAUGGGGUCACAGAGAGUCGGACACGACUAAAUGACUAAACAACAACAAAUUAAUUAUUAUUGUUGUUGUUGGGUGUCGAGGGCCACAGCAUCUCCACCCUUGCUUGAGAGUCCUGCAAAAGAUCCUUGGUGUAUUCCAAAGUAUUCUGGGCCAAGGUGUAAGAAGCACAAUGCAUCCCACAUUUCUGAAUUAAGACAGGAGGUACAUUUCGCUCUUGAGGCCAAAAUAUUUAUUUUUAAACAAUGAAAGAGCCAGAACCAUCUGCCUCGGGUCCCCUUUGUUCCUGCGUGAGUCACUGUUUUGAACAUGCAAUCUAACUGGAGGCUGUGUGCUCUAGAGCGCCGUCAAAUGGAGCCAAUACAAAACGCCAAAUGAGGUCAUCACAGCAGGACGCUGUUAUUCAAUGGGUGUAGAGCUAGACUUGGGUAUUGCUAUCUGAUUGUGGCCACAAUGAUUGGGGUGGUGAGAUCUGGAGUCCCAACAACAUCAGGAGGACCACAGGUUAGCCACCUUGGCUGUGGUGGUACUGAUCCAGCACUGCUGCAGUAUGCAUAUAUCUGUGGGGCUUUCCCUUGAUGCCCUCUCUGCUGCAUGUGACCUUGGGAAGUAUCUGCCAUGCCCCUAAAGUAUGCCGGCACGGGGUCUGAAUCUUACCUGGGUUCCAACCUCUCUGUGAUCCACAAAACCUACUUUUCCAGGGCAGGUCAGUAAACUGAACUUUCUUGUUCUCUCCCUCCCUCUAGUUGUACGAGAACUUUGUGGAAGAGAUUGACGCCAUAGACAAUGGCAUCUCCCAGUGGGAUGGGGAACCUCGCUAUGCCAUGACCACCAAUGUGAGCUCUAGGGUUGCCUAUCUGAACCCGCGCUGGAAUGACAAGGAUCAAGACACCGAGGUAGGGAUCUGGAUUGUAUUUGUAUUUUCCAGCUCUCUGUGUCCCAGUUAGGAAAACGAAGGAGUGGAGUAAAUAGACCUCCAAGUAGAUUUAGGCAUAAAAUACCAUAUUUUUCGCUCCAUAAGGCGCACCUGACAAAAAGACACACCUAGUUUUUAGAGGAGGAAAACAAGAAAAAAAAUAUUCUGAACAAAACAGUGGAUGUAUGAUUUUUGUGGUUCAUGCUGUGGCCACAGACAUGUGAUCUGACGGUGAGUUUGGGGUAGCCCAAUGCAAAAAUCCUGAGAAUCCGUGUGGAUCCAUGCUUUGUAACCACGUUUUAAGUGGGGAGGGAAGGAAAAACACUGAAGGGACAAGGAGCACGAGUUGGGGGGGGGGAGAAGGAGGCAGCUAACAACGCAGGAGAGAGGUUUAUGGGGAGGGAAGGAAAAACACUGACAGGACAAGGAGCAUGUGGAGGAGCUUUUCAGCUUGCUGAGCCGGGGAGGGAGAGAGGGAAAGAGAGCACGGUUGCUUUAAAGGAGCCAACCGGACAGGAGCCGCUGUAAGUGGCUCCUCUCCUCUCCUGCUUUGCACCUUCAAAGCAAGCGGGCUCUCCUUCUCUCCCUCCUCCCCGGCUCAGCGAGCUGAAAAGCUUUGCUGCUAUUCAGCCAGCUGAGCGGGGAGCGAAGGAGGGAAAGAGAGCAUGCUCGCUUUAAACCAACCGGACAGGAGCCGCUUACACUCGUGUACACCCGCUUGGCUGCUUCAAAGCGAGCGACGGAGGAGGGAAGGAAGGGGAACCAUCGAUCCUCUGCUUGCGACUGCAGCAGAUCCCCCUGCCAUCCAUAGGCAUUCGCUCCAUAAGACGCGCAGACAUUUCCCCUUACUUUUUAGGAGGAAAAAAGUGCGUCCUAUGGAGCGAAAAAUACGGUAAUAAGACACAUUUGUUAACUUGUGCCUUUCAUUAAACGAGGAGCUGGUUCUGAAUGAUGGCGCUGCAUCCUUAAGAACCAGAGUGCGACCUCGGCGGUUAAUUCUGGAGAUCUAUGGAAGAACAGUUUAGAUUGGCACCGGUGCCUCUUCUAAUCUGCAUGAAGCAGUUGUGAGCAGAGGGCCUCAAGGUGUUGUGCGAGUGCGUACCCCAGAUUGGUCAAGCUUUGCAACGUCUCAAAGCGACCGGCAAUUUGUACUGGGACGUCCGUUCCAACUUCCCAAAGGCUUUUUCCACCCCUUGCUGCCAACUCGGGUUCAAGUACUCAGGGGCCUGGCACCGCAGCUCAGCGCCCUAAUCUCUUUCCUUCGAAGGCCAGGCUCCUUGUGGCGCCUGUGGCCUGGUGUCUGCCUUUGCCUGACCAUCACUGGCUAGGACGUGUCUCUCCUGCCCGCUGGAGCAAAUCUCAGCUGAUAAAGAGCAAAGAGGCAGCAGCAAGAUUAAAAACCCGAGUUGUUGGCUUAUCUCGAACGGUGUUGAGAGAGGUUGUCCAGGGCCGCCACUUUGCACUCUCCAAACAGGCCAGUAGCUCAGGCAUGUGUGGGGCGGGCUACAUGACCCGAGGGAGCGAUUCCACAUGGCUUCGGAGUAGAUAAUUUGCCAACCCUGUGUUUUGUUUCCCAGCCUGGUUUCCAGAAGGCCAUGGAGCUGGUAGGCAACGAAUUCUUGGACCGCCUCGAUUACUAUUACCGUGCCUGGAUUCCUGCGCGCACCCUUGUGGAGAAGGCCAUCCAGCAGCGCUUUGAGGUAUCACUGCCAAGAGGAGGGCUAAAGUACAGUGGUACCUUGGGUUACAGAUGCUUCAGGUUACAGACUCCACUAAGCCAGAAAUAAUUACCUCGGGUUAAGACCUUUGCUUCAGGAUGAGAACAGAAAUCGUGCUCCAACGGCGCGGCAGCAGCAGGAGGCCCCAUUAGCUAAAGUGGAGCUUCAGGUUAAGAACAGUUUCAGGUUAAGAACAGACCUCCGGAACGAAUUAAGUACUUAACCUGAGGUACCACUGUACUCUGAACACAUCUUUGAAUGUGCUUCUUUUCCCGUGAGAUGAAAUCCCUCAUGAGGUGGCUCCCCAAGGAGGAGAAGGGUGUACACUGCAAUUUCAAUUUCAUGAUGUGUGCACAUCUUGCUGUGUGUUUGCAUGAAGGGGAAGGGCCAUAGUUAAGUGACUGAGCAUCUGUUUUGUGUGCAGAAGGUCUCAGGGUUUAAUUCCUAGCAGCUGCUGGUGGGAUCCAAGAAAGUCCCCCCGUCUGGAAAUCCUGGAGGGCUGCUGCCAGUCAGCGUCGACAAUACUGGCCUAGAUGGAUCAGCGGCCUGUGUUCCUAGCAGGUGGGAGGACAUGGGUGGAAAUGACUGGUAAAUAAUAAUAACAACAACAACAACAACAACAACAACUAUACCCCGCCCACCUGGCUGGGUUUCCCCAGCCACUCUGGGUGGCUUCCAACAGAACACUAAAAUACAGUAACCUAUUAAACAUUAAAAGCUUCCCUAAACAGGGCUGCCUUCAGAUGUCUUCUAAAAGUUUGGUAGUUAUUUUUCUCUUUGACAUCUGGUGGGAGGGCAUUCCACAGGGCGGGUGCCACUACCGAGAAGGCCCUCUGUCUGGUUCCCUGUAACUUGGCUUCUCGCAUCGAGGGAACCGCCAGAAGGCCCUCGGCGCUGGACCUCAGUGUCUGGGUAGAAAGGUGGGGGUGGAGACGCUCCUUCAGGUAUACAGGACCGAGGCCGUUUAGGGCUUUAAAGGUCAGCACCAACACUUUGAAUUGUGCUUGGAAAUGUACUGGGAGCUAAUGUAGGUCUUUCAAGACUGGUGUUAUGUGGUCUCGGUGGCCGCCUCCAGUCCCCAGUCUAGCUGCCGCAUUCUGGAUUAGUUGUAGUUUCCGGGUCACCUUCAAAGGUAGCCCCAGACAGAGCGCAUUGCAGUAGUCCAAGCGGGAGAUAACUAGAGAAUGCACCACUCUGGUGAAACAGUCUGCGGGCAGGUAGGGUCUCAGCCUGUGUACCAGAUGGAGCUGGUAAACAGUUGCCCUGGACACAGAAUUGACCUGUGCCUCCAUGGACAGCUGUGCCUCUUGCUUUCCACCCUGGCAGAAGCUCACUUUGCAUCCCCUCCAGUUGUGGAGCCGUAAGCAGAGAGAGCACGUAAUAUUGAAGACUAGAAUCUUUAAAAGAAAUAAAGAAUGAGGAGAGGUUAAGACCUCCAGCGGCCUGAUGGUGCCCCUAGGUUUUGCACAAGAGUCUGGAACAAUCUUACCUGGCGGACAUCUCUCACCUUCUUGCACAUAGUCCUCCUAUGUCUCUCGUUCAGGUGGCACAGUUGGUGACUAUGAAUGACAUGCAUCUCCUUCCUUGGCAGGUUGACCCUAGCGGUGAGAUUCUGGUGUUGGCCCAGGGCGGCUGCCCAUGGAAGGAGCACCUUUUCAACCUAGAGCAAGAGCUGGGCAUCAAGAAGCCUCUCAAAUUUGUCCUGUACACGGAUCUGGGAGGCCAGUGGCGGGUCCAGUCUGUUCCUGCUGGGCUGCACACCUUCCAGAACAGGUGAGCAAGGGCUCCGAAAUGCCCCCCCCCCCACUUGUGUCCUGUAUUGUGGGAUGGGGAGAGCAUUUUGAAAUCCCAUAGCUCUUGGGGGCCCCCAAAUUCAGGACACCAUCUCUCACCCUUGCACCCUAGACUUACAUUUUUAUUUAAACCUGAUUAAUAAUUCUAGGGACACGGGUGGCGCUGUGGGUUAAACCACAGAGCCUAGGCCUUGCCGAUCAGAAGGUCGGCGGUUCGAAUCCCCGUGACGGGGUGAGCUCCCGUUGCUCGGUCCCUGCUCCUGCCAACCUAGCAGUUCGAAAGCACGUCAAAGUGCAAGUCGAUAAAUAGGUACCGCUCCGGCGGGAAGGUAAACGGUGUUUCCGUGUGCUGCUCUGGUUCGCCAGAAGCGGCUUAGUCAUGCUGGCCACAUGACCCGGAAGCUGUACACCGGCUCCCUCGGCCAAUAAAGCGAGAAGAGCGCCGCAACCCCAGAGUCAGUCAUGACUGGACUUAAUGGUCAGGGGUCUCUUUACCUUUACCUUUAAUAAUUCUAUCCCUUAAAAGGGUGAUCAAUGAGGCAGCCUCCAGAUGUUUUGAACUACAGUUCCCAUAAUCCUCAGCCAGCAUGGCCAAUGCUCAAGGAUGAUGGAAAUGUAGUUCACGCUGGCUACCCCUGCUAUCAAUCUGUUGCAGCCAGAUCAGGAGAGAAUUCUGUGGCACCUUAGAGACUUAUCAAAUUCAUUGUGGCAUGAAUUUAUGGGGGAGAGUCUACUCCCUCGGGCUAAUGAAUACGACAUAAGGCUGGAACCAACUUCUUCAAGUAGUGAAGUGAUCACCUAAAUGGGCGUCUGAGGAAGUGAGCUACAGCCCUUGUAAGCGGGCACUGCAAUGAGUUGUCAUCUUUUCAAAAACUGGUGUUUUUGCUGUAGCAAACGUAAUGCAGCUACGCGCCUGAUAGGCUUCCUGUCUGUUUUCAGUCUUUAUGAAGUAUCUUGGGAGAGGGCUCUGGCAGCGUAUGCGUCUUGCAUUGAACUACCAAGUUCAAUCCCAGUCAUAUUCAGGUAAAACUGGGAAAGAUUCCCCCCAGAAAGCCUUUCAUUGUCAGUGAAGACAAUUUUUAAAAAAUCAAAGCAGAUCCCUUUUCCUCUUCCUUUCCCCCACAAAUUUAUUGGUUUUCCAAAUUGAAAUUUAUCUGAUACACAGUGGUACCUCAGGUUACAGACGCUUCAGGUUACAGACUCCGCUAACCCAGAAAUAGUACUUUGGGUUAAGAACUUCGCUUCAGGAUGAGAACAGAAAUUGUGCAGCGGUGGCAGUGGGAGACCCAAUUAGCUAAAGUAGUGCUUCAGGUUAAGAACAGACCUCCAGAACGAAUCAAGUACUUAACCCGAGGUACCACUGUAUAUCAAACAUAAAUCAUAAAAACAAGAUUCCAAGGAAUCUCCUGGACUUCCAUCCUCCCCUUUGUGGGUCCUAAUUUAAUCAUUUCCUCCCGCAUCUUCUGAUCGUUUUAGCCAUUUCAGGAUAGUCCAUCGACUUCAUCUGCCAUUGCCCUCUUCCUCCUCUUGUUGGAUACCAUCCCUCCCAUUUGCAGCUAUAACAAAGGCGGCACUUUUUCAUCUCCGCCAAGCUAAGCAGUUGGCUGCUUACCUCUCUCGCCCUGACCUAGCCACUGUGAUCCACGCGACGGUCACCUCCAGACUGGAUUAUUGUAACUCGCUCUACAUGGGGCUGCCCUUGAGACUGACCCAGAAACUCCAGCGGGUGCAGAAUGCCGCAGCGAGACUCCUUACGGGGUCCUCGCCGCGAGAUCACAUUCACCCGGUGCUAUACCAGCUGCACUGGCUCCCGGUGGAGUACAGGAUCAGGUUUAAAGUGCUGGUUUUAACCUUAAAGCCCUAUACCGCCUCGGACCUACAGGACCGCCUCUCCUGGUAUGCCCCACGGAGGACCUUACGGUCUUCAAACAAAAACAUCUUGGAGGUCCCAGGCCACAGGGAGGUUACGCUGGCCUCAACCAGAGCCAGGGCUUUUUCAGCUGUGGCUCCAAUCUGGUGGAACUCUCUGUCACAAGAGACUAGGGCCCUGCGAGACUUGACAUCUUUCUGCAGGGCCUGCAAGACAGAGCUGUUCUGCCAGGCCUUUGGCAGAAUCCUUUGGUAAUUCUCACAGAACUCUAGCCCAAUGGUUGCCAUUACUUUGAUUUGAACUGAUUUUAUAAUGAAUUGAUUUUAGAAUGUGGUAUUAUUUUACUGUCGUUAGCCGCUCUGAGCCCGGCUUCGGCUGGGGAGGGCGGGAUAUAAAUUAAAUUUUAUUAUUAUUAUUCUUUCAGUCACUCUUGGCUCUCUCGCUCUCCCUCCCAUCAGGUUGUCGCUUCUGGCCGAAUGGUGUGGCUUACGCGACGAGGAGCUCUCUCAGGCCAGCGGGAUCCCCGGCUGCGUCUUUGUGCACUCCAGCGGCUUCAUCGGGGGGAACCACACCAAGGAGGGGGCGCUAGAAAUGGCGCGGAAGACAUUGGCGCGGCAGGUCGAAUCCGGCGCAUGCAGCUCAUGA